ACUGAGACACUACUUGAGAAAUAAUGACUGUGUCCAAGGAUCACAACAAAAAGGCUCUCAGGCGCUCCCUACAACGAGCGAUACAUAAACAGCAUCCGCCAAUGCCUGCCAGGAAGGGGCUACUGGCGCCCCAAAAUACGUUUCUGGAUACAAUUGCUACGCGUUUCGACGGAACACAUUCCAACUUUGUUCUAGGCAACGCACAGGUUAGUGGAUACCCGAUCGUGUACUGCUCCGAUGGCUUCGUUGAGCUUUCAGGAUUUUCACGUGCGCAAAUUAUGCAGAAAGGUUGUGCUUGUCGGUUUCUCUAUGGCCCGGAGACGAAGGAAGAACACAAAAGCCAAAUCGAGAGCAGUCUCGAUGGUAAAAACGAGCUGAAGUUGGAGGUGAUAUUCUAUAAAAAGAAUGGUACACCGUUUUGGUGCUUGUUGGAUAUCGUGCCAAUCAAGAAUGAAAAACGUGAGGUGGUGCUUUUCCUUGCCUCCCACAAGGAUGUUACGACGGCGAAAAUGUCUGAGAUGUCAAUGUCGGAUGAGUGCGAUAGUGUAAAACAACUGUUGCCUCCUUUUCUUCCGCAUCUCGAUGUAUUUUUAAUCAAUCCAUUCUCUCCUACAUUUUUGUACAAUGACGAUGGAGCGGAGGAUGAGAAUUUGGAAAUACCUCCGGGAGUAAACAUGGGCCGGCGACGUUCGCGAGCGGUGCUAUAUCAGCUUUCCGGCCAUUAUAAGCCGGAAAAAAUGAAGACUAAAAUGAAACUUAAUAGUAAUAUAUUACAUUCUAGCGAAGCUCCACUACCUGAAUAUAAGACGCAAGCCUUAAAGAAAUCACGUUUUAUUCUGUCGCACUACGGAAUGUUCAGGGGUUGUUGGGACUGGUUGAUUUUAGUGGCCACAUUCUACGUCGCCGUUGCCGUACCUUACAACGCUGCUUUCGUUACAAUUGAUCGUUUGACUGUGGCAUCCGAUGUUAUCGUUGAGGCUUUAUUUAUUGUUGAUAUUCUAGUGAACUUUCGCACAACGUACGUGUCUCGCAAGGGUGAGGUUGUAUCAAAUUCUAAAAGUAUAGCAGUUAACUAUCUAAAAGGGUGGUUCAUGGUUGACCUGUUUGCCGCUCUGCCGUUUGAUCAUCUCUACGCUAGUAACGUGAUUAGUGGAGAGGAAUCUCACAUUCAUUUAGUCAAAUUAACACGAUUAUUAAGGCUGGCACGAUUGCUUCAAAAGAUGGAUAGAUAUUCGCAAUAUACGGCUAUGAUUUUAACGUUGUUGAUGCUAUGCUUCUCUUUAGUUGCACAUUGGCUGGCUUGCAUUUGGUAUGUGAUAGCAGAGAAAGAAAGACUCGUUAAUGAGCAAGACUGGGAUAUUGGAUGGAUUCAUACGUUGGCCGAACGGUUGAAAAUUCCUGUAACGAACGUAACACACGGUGAAGCGUACAUAACAUCACUCUACUUCACGUUCACUAGUCUGACGUCGGUAGGUUUUGGAAAUGUGUCGCCCACCACCAUCAGUGAGAAAAUCUUCAGCAUCGUAAUGAUGUUGAUCGGUGCUCUGAUGCAUGCCGUGGUGUUCGGAAACGUGACGGCUAUUAUACAAAGGAUGUAUUCACGGCGUUCCCUGUACCAAAGCAAGUGGCGUGAUUUGAAAGAUUUCAUCGCCCUACACCAGAUGCCGAAAGAGCUGAAACAGCGAAUGCAGGAUUACUUUCAGACUAUGUGGUCGCUUAAUCACGGAAUCGACGUGUACGAGAUUCUGAAGGAAUUCCCCGAGGAGCUAAGAGGUGACAUCUCGAUGCAUCUGCACAGGGAGAUUUUGCAGCUGCCUAUCUUUGAAUCAGCGUCCCAGGGCUGCCUAAAACUUUUAUCUUUACAUAUCAAAGCUAACUUUUGUGCUCCUGGCGAGUAUUUGAUCCAUAAAGGUGAUGCGUUGAGCUAUAUCUAUUACAUUUGCAACGGUUCCAUGGAAGUAAUGCAGAACAAUAUGGUCGUCGCCAUUUUAGGAAAAGGUGAUUUAGUCGGUUGUGAUAUAAGUAUACAUUUACUACACGGAAGCCAGGGCAAUACUGGAAAUCAAGGCUCGCAAGAUGCUAUUGUAAAGAGCAGUGGGGACGUGAAAGCUCUUACCUAUUGUGAUUUGAAAAGCAUACAUUUGAGCGGGUUGGUAGAUGUGUUGCGUCUAUAUCCAGAGUAUCAGCAGGAGUUCGCCAACGACAUACAGCAUGAUCUUACAUACAAUCUACGCGAGGGUUACGAAGCAGAAGAGGAAACCGAAAACAACGGACCAUGCCUUGCACUACCGUCCAUUAGUGAAGAUGAUGAAAACCAGUCGGACGUUGAUUCCAGCACGACGUCUCCUUUAAACACAUCCCUAACAAAAUCACCAGCUCACAAUACCACCGCUAGUCCAAGACACGCGAAGCUGAUACACAGUCGAAACAAAUCUCUGGUAGCUUUGAGAGAACGCGUAGAGCGUCAACGGUCAGUGCAGGCCACCACCGUUAGUGCAAUUCCAGAAGCUGAUAAUUCAUUCGAAGGAUUGAAUUUGGAGCUGAGAAACAAGGAGAAGACACAUCCAGCUAGAGUAUCAGUUGAACGAUUAGACACACAGGUGUCGUCUCUGCAUAAUGACGUUGCUGCUUUAAGUAUAGAG